UGUGGCAUAGCGAAAUCCGUGAACGGAGCAUAUGAACACAUUCUAUAUUCGCCAUUCUAGUGCAUUAGAGCUUAACAAGAAAUAACGAUGGCACGUUUAUAACAGACUCACAAGGUAUCCUUUGAGAUUGCUAAUUAUUUCGAAACUCGGACUAACUCGAUCGUAUUGACCUCAGCAAAUAGUACAAGAGGUUAAAUCGACUCAUUAUCAUAAGGCUUUGGAAAGGCAAUAUGCUUUUUGCAAGUGUUAAUGGAAAGAUAUGAUUUUACCGAGGAAUUUGACUUCUCAGCGAAAAAACAUCCAAUAUGCGUGAUAGCUUUAUUGUGGUUUGGUAUCAUUCUCUUUUGAAAUAGUUAAAUUUUUGAGCUCUAUCUGCUCUGUAUUUCAUUCAAGGCGAACAGGAAUGGCAUACAAAAAGCUUGGGAUAUUACUGUACAAAAUUUUCAUCACCAGCUUCAAAUAUCGGAAUCGUCGAAAAAUUUGGGUUUUGAGUUGGAAUCACGAUUAAAUGAUAUUUCGUUUGUGUUCGAUAAUUUACUACCACGCACAAUUAUUCAUGGCGAUUAUAAAAUAGCAAAUAUUUUUAUCGAUCGCAACUCGGAUGAGAAUCAAAUAUAUGCUAUAGAUUGGCAAUGGUAUGGCAUUGGGCAUGCUGCUAUGGACGUAGCUUCUUUUAUAGCUACAUCAGUUCAUGAAAAUACGAUUGAACAUUCAUUGGAACUCGUUCGCUUCUAUCAUAAAGUAUUAACAGAUAAUGGAAUUUCAUAUUCAUGGGAACAAUUUUGGCAAGCAUAUCAAAUAUGUUGGAUUGAGUUUUUUAUUUAUACAGUAGUAGGUCUUUGGAGUGUAAUGCAAGCCAAUGACAUUGAAAUUGAAAUAUCUCUUUUGGCGCUAUUAUAUCUUGAUUAUUAG